AUGCGUGAAGUUAUCUCCGUCCACGUCGGUCAAGCAGGUGUACAAAUCGGUAACGCUUGCUGGGAACUCUACACCGUUGAGCACGGUCUCUCACCAGAUGGUCGUCUUAUGCCAGAUUCACCAUCAGCUAACGAUGAUGGAUUCUCAACUUUCUUUUCUGAAACGGGAUCAGGCAAGCACGUUCCUCGUUCCAUCUACGUCGAUCUUGAGCCAAACGUAGUUGACGAGGUUAGAACUGGACCAUACAGAUCACUCUUCCACCCAGAAACUUUGGUUACCGGUAAGGAAGACGCAGCCAACAACUACGCUCGUGGUCACUACACGGUUGGUAAAGAACUCGUAGACUCAGUACUCGACAGAGUUCGUCGUCUUGCGGAUAACUGUUCAGGUCUUCAAGGAUUCUUUGUAUUCCACUCAUUCGGUGGUGGUACCGGUUCUGGUUUCGGAGCACUUCUCCUCGAGCGUCUCUCACUCGAUUACGGAAAGAAGUCGAAACUUGAAUUCUCAGUUUACCCAUCACCAAAGAUGUCAACAUCAGUUGUUGAACCAUACAACAGUGUUCUCACUACGCACACUACACUUGAGCACUCUGAUUGUUCUUUCAUGGUUGACAACGAGGCUAUCUACGAUAUUUGCCGUAACAGACUUGGUAUUCAAAGCCCAUCUUACACCAAUUUGAACAGACUUAUUGCUCAAGUUGUUUCAUCAGUUACUGCAUCACUUCGAUUCGAUGGAUCACUUAACGUUGACCUUAACGAAUUCCAAACGAAUUUGGUACCAUUCCCACGUAUUCACUUCCCAUUGGCAUCUUACGCACCAAUAAUAUCAGCAGAGAAAGCAACACAUGAGCAAAACUCGGUUUCAGAGAUGACAUUCUCUUGCUUUGACCCAGGCAACCAAAUGGUUAAGUGUGAUCCACGUCAAGGUAAAUAUAUGGCAUGUUGCUUGCUUUACAGAGGUGAUGUUGUACCAAAGGAUGCUAAUGCAUCAGUUGCAACAAUCAAGACGAAGCGUACCAUCCAAUUCGUUGAUUGGUGUCCAACUGGAUUCAAGCUUGGUAUCUGUAAUGAAGCACCAGCUUUGGUUCCAGGUGGUGAUCUCGCCAAGGUAUCAAGAUCAUUAUGUAUGCUUUCAAACACCACAGCAAUCGCAAACGCAUGGGCACGUCUUGAUCACAAAUUUGACUUACUUUACUCAAAGCGCGCCUUUGUUCACUGGUACGUUGGAGAGGGUAUGGAAGAGGGUGAAUUCUCAGAGGCUAGAGAAGAUCUUGCAGCACUUGAGAAGGAUUACGAAGAAGUUGGAGUUGAUUCUGCAGACGGAGUUGAGGAAGAGGGAGAAUAUUAA